CAGCGCCGCGUCUCGAGCGGCGGGAGCCUGCCCGGGCGGCGCGGGACGGAACUGCAUUUCCCAGGGUGCCCCGCGAGGCGACGCCAGCCCCGCGAGAAAGAGCUGGCUCCGCGAGCGCCAGGCGGUCGCAGGAAGUUCUUCCACUUGGCCAGAAUGGAGCAGCCAAUGGGGGUUGAUUGGACAGUCAUCAUCCUGACAUGCCAGUAUAAGGACAGCGUGCAGGUCUUUCAGAGAGAGCUGGAGGUGCGACAGAAGCGGGAGCAGAUCCCCACUGGGACACUGUUACUGGCUGUGGAGGACCCUGAGACACGUGUGGGCAGCGGAGGAGCUACCCUUAAUGCGCUGCUGGUGGCUGCUGAGCACCUGAGUGCCCGUGCAGGCUUCACUGUGGUCACAUCUGAUGUCCUUCAUUCAUCUUGGAUCCUCAUCCUGCACAUGGGUCGAGACUUUCCCUUUGAUGACUGUGGCCGGGCCUUCACCUGCCUCCCUGUGGAGAACCCCCAGGCCCCUGUGGAGGCCUUGGUCUGCAACCUGGACUGCUUGCUGGACAUCAUGACCCAUCGGCUGGGCCCAGGCUGUCCCCCAGGUGUGUGGGUCUGCAGCACUGACAUGUUGCUGUCUAUUCCUCCAAACCCUGGGAUCAGCUGGGAUGGUUUUCGGGGAGCCAGAGUGAUUGCCCUUCCUGGAAGCCCAGCCUAUGCUCUGAAUCAUGGUGUUUACUUCACUGACUCCCAGGGCUUUGUUUUGGACAUUUACUACCAAGGCACUGAUGCAGACAUACGGCGGUGUAUCCAGCCUGAUGGGCAUGUGCCACUGGUUUCUGGGGUUGUCUUCUUCUCUGUGGAGACUGCUGAACACCUUCUGGCCACCCAUGUGAGCCCACCUCUAGAUGCCUGCACCUAUAUGGGCUUGGACUCUGGAGCCCGGCCUGUUCAGCUGUCCCUGUUUUUUGACAUCCUGUUCUGCAUGGCUCGGAACGUGAAGAGGGAGGACUUCCUGACUGGGAGGUCUCCAGAAAUGGGGCAAGGUGAUAUGAAGGUAGUAGCUUACCUGCAGGGCGCCCGGGCUCAGCUAUGGAGGGAGCUUCGCGACCAGCCUCUCACCAUGGUGUAUAUCCCUGACGGCAGUUAUAGCUACAUGACCUCCUCAGCCAGUGAGUUCCUGCACAUAUUCACACUGCCUGGUGUCUCUGGGCCCCAGAUCAUCCACUCCCAGGUAGAGGAACUGCAGCUCCUGGGGGCCAGGAGCUCUGUGGUCAGCUGCCUGCUGGAGGGCCCCGUCCACCUGGGGCCUGGGAGUGUCCUGCAGCACUGCCACCUGCGGGGCCCUAUUCACAUUGGCACUGGCUGCUUUGUGAGUGGCUUGGACAUAGGGCAGUCCAAGGCAUUGCAUGGCCUGGAGCUGUGUGACCUUGUCCUGCAGGGACACCAUGUGCGGCUCCCUGGCUCUCUGGGCCGUACUUUCACCCUGAUUGGCCGCCUGGACAGCUGGGAAAGACAGGGGAAAGGCACAUACCUCAACAUGUCCUGGAAUGAAUUCUUCAACAAGACAGGCAUUCGAGACUGGGACCUGUGGGACCCAGACACGCCCCCUGCAGAGCGUUGUCUUCUCAGUGCCCGCCUUUUUCCUGUGCUCCAUCCUUUGAGGGCCCUGGGGCCCCGGGACAUGCUAUGGAUGCUGGACCCCCCAGAGGAUGGGGGUGAGGCCCUGAGGGCCUGGCGAGCCUCCUGGCGCCUGUCCUGGGAGCAGUUACAGCCGCACCUGGACCGGGCUGCCACACUGGCCUCCCGCCGGGACCUGUUCUUCCGCCAGGCUCUGUAUAAGGCGCAGCAUGUGCUAGAGACCCGGCAGGACCUCAGCCUGUGCCCGCUGAUCCGGGCCACUGUCCACGAGGGCUGCCCUGGGCUCCUGCUGGCUACACUGGACCAGGUUGCAGCUAGGGCGGGAGACCCUGGUGUGGCAGCACGUGCUCUGGCCUGUGUGGCAGAUGUACUGGGCUGCAUGGCAGAGGGCCAGGGAGGCUUACGGAGUGGGCCAGCUGCGAACCCUGAGUGGAUGCGGCCCUUCUCAUACCUGGAGUGUGGAGACCUUGCAGGGGGUGUGGAGGCACUUGCCCAGGAGAGGGACAAAUGGCUGAGCAGGCCAGCCUUAUUGGUGCGAGCUGCCCGCCACUAUGAGGGGGCUGGGCAGAUCCUGAUCCGCCAGGCUGUGAUGACAGCCCAGCACUUUGUCUCCACGGAGCCAGUGGAGCUGCCAGCACCUGGGCAGUGGGUAAUAGCUGAGUGUCCAGCCCGGGUGGAUUUCUCUGGGGGCUGGAGUGACACGCCACCUCUUGCCUAUGAGCAUGGUGGGGCAGUGCUGGGCCUGGCUGUGCGAGUAGAUGGCCGCCGGCCUAUUGGGGCCAGGGCACGUCGCAUCCUGGAACCAGAGUUGUGGCUGGCCGUGGGGCCUCGGCAGGAUCAGAUGGCUGUGAAGAUAGUGUGCCGGAGCCUGGAUGACCUGCAGGAUUACUGCCAACCCCAUGCCCCAGGGGCCCUGCUGAAGGCAGCCUUUAUUUGUGCGGGGAUUGUGCACAUCCGCUCUGAGAGUCCACUGCAUGAACAACUGCUGCAUACAUUUGGGGGUGGCUUUGAGCUGCACACCUGGUCUGAGCUACCCCAUGGUUCUGGCCUUGGUACCAGCAGCAUCCUGGCAGGUGCUGCCCUGGCUGCCUUGCAGAGGGCUGCAGGCCGGGUGGUGGGCACAGAAGCUCUGAUACAUGCAGUACUACACCUGGAGCAGGUGCUCACCACAGGAGGUGGCUGGCAGGACCAGGUGGGUGGCCUAAUGCCUGGCAUCAAGGUGGGGCACUCCCGGGCCCAGCUGCCACUGAAGGUAGAGGUUGAAGAGAUCACUGUGCCCGAGGGCUUUGUCCAGAAGCUCAAUGACCAUCUGCUCCUGGUGUACACUGGCAAAACCCGCCUGGCACGGAAUCUGUUGCAGGAUGUGCUGAGGAGCUGGUAUGCCCGGCUACCUGUUGUGGUACAGAAUGCCCACAGUCUGGUGCAGCAGACCAAGGAGUGUGCUGAAGCCUUCCGCCAAGGAAGCCUGCCUCUGCUGGGCCAAUACCUGACCUCAUACUGGGAACAGAAAAAGGUCAUGGCUCCCGGCUGUGAGCCCCUGGCCGUGCGGCGAAUGAUGGACAUCCUGGCCCCCCAUGUCCAUGGCCAAAGCCUGGCAGGGGCAGGUGGUGGGGGCUUUCUCUAUCUGUUGACGAAGGAGCCACGGCAAAAGGAGGCUUUGGAGGCUGUGCUGGCCAAGACUGAGGGCCUUGGCAAAUACAGCGUCCAUCUGGUGGAAGUGGACACUCAGGGCCUGAGUCUGCAACUUCUAAGGAGUGAGGUCUCCUCCUGAUGCCUUUCCAUGAAGCUGAGCCCUCUGAAGCAGGCAACACCUGGAACUGCCUUUCCCUUCCCUCUUUCCCAUGUGGGUCUACUAUGCCCCCACUUACUUCUUUGCAUCUGCUCCCAAAGGAAGCAAGACUUGGGCAAGUGAGGCAGUGCUCUGGGACAUGACUGUAGAUCCUGGUUGACAGUAGCUGAGGCUUGGCUUCUGCUCCAUCUGGACUCAGGAAGUUUCUAAGCUGUGUCCUAUAUGGCCUUUACAAAUCUCAUGUUCCAGUGUAGGCCUUGGCCUUCUCUCCACUAGGACCCUGGAGGAAGGGGAUAACAACCAACCAUACCAAGUAGCUGGGGAAUCCUUUGGCCUGUAGAUGCCCUUUGAGACAUUUCCUGUAACCUGUCUUUUAAGAGUUGUAGACAUGCUUAUCCCUAAUUUCUCAGCUCUCCUGGGGGUGUGGGUUGUGAGGGUGGCUGUUCUGUGGGGUCCUGCAGCAAUUUCCUAUCCACCCAGGCCUUAACCAGCAACACUACAGACAGUGCCAAAGGACCCAGUGCCUGUGGGCAAUGGCUUCUCAAGGUGGAUAUCUUGGAAUAAAUUCACUUUGCCCUUCAUGAUUGUCCUCAGAAAGCUCUUUCUUGUUCCUGCUGGGAGCCAUUCCCACUUCUCUUGGCACUAUAGGAAAAUGGCCUUGGUGUGAUUCAGCUUCUGGAGCUGAGGGUCUGAAAUGGGGGUGAGGGUAUAGGAUUGAAUGAGGGCUCCUGUGGUCAUUUGAGUCCUGGAGGUGGCUGAGUAUUGCGUUAAAUGUGGGAGGAGGCUGAGGCUUUAGUCAUUUAACUUCACUUUUCAGUACAACUGUGGUAGACCUGCCCUGCCUCAGAGCAGCCAGCCCUCCCUGGAACCAGCACACUGUGGCAUCUUAGUAGUGUCUUUAUUCUGAUGUUUAUUUGUAAACAUCACAGCCUCUAGUCAAACCUAAUUCCCAAGUCCCCAGAUGAACCCAGGUCCUCCAAGGCUGGCAGGGGCAGCAUGUUUGCUGCAGUGUUUGUGGGUAAGAGAAUGACCACCCACACAGAAGGCUAGCCUAGGCCACAUGCUGCCUGUCUUGGCUCUCCCCACCUCUCUUGGUGGGGAAAAGCUGUUCCCAGAGCACCACCCAGCUAGGUCUGAGGGCCAAGAAUGGACUAAGUCUAGGCCUUGUUUUCUACUAUCCAUAGUUGAAUGGUCCUGAGCUGUCAAGAGUUCCAGAAGCCAGAGGGCCUCAUGUAGCUUCUCAGCUAUGGCUACUGAGGAACCAGUCCUUGAAGUGUGAUGGGCUGGCUGGGCUCACUCUGGCAGCUAUAGGCGCAGCCUUUUGAUGUCCUCACUGCGGAAGUCUAUUCGCAGAGCCAGCACCUGGCGCACUUCAGCAGGGGUGAGGCGCCAUGUCAAUGGGCCAGAGUUGGCACCCCAGUAAUCCAGGAUCUCGGUCACCUGUGGGGAAGAACAAACCACUCAGCAAGUCAUCUUUUCUUGGCUAGGCUGAGAAAGCUCCACAUACCCGCUCCAGAUUGAGGAUUGUGGCCAUCUGGGAGAGCCGGGCAAACUUGUCCCUGAUGGUCCAGGUUGUCACCGUGGUAAGAGUCUUCUUCAGAGUGGAGAUGUUUUCACUGCAGACUUCCACAUUGUUCAGAGUCACCUGGGAGAUGAAGAAGGAAAAAUGUGAGGUCCUGUUCAUUGGGCUUGCUGCCUACUUCAAUGCCAGACUGGCUGACAGUUGCAUUCCAUGAGGCUCAGAGAGGGCUGCUAGAGUUCAGACUCCUGCUAAGAAAAGCCUGCAUCACUGUCAUCAGUCUGCAGAAUUCAAGAAAGGCUCUGUGGCAGAGUUGGUAGCUGUGUUGAACUUGCAAGGCUGAUACGGUUCUGAGAAGAGAUGAGGUCUCUGAGCCUCAGAAGCCAACUCAGAAGCUAGCCAAUGUGAAGGAUGAAGUACAAUGGACUCAUGACAGUGCUGUUACCACUCAGGCCAAGCGGAAUGUGUCAGAGAGGUCUGAUAAUGAGCUUCAGAGUCCUGUGUUCCCAGUGACUCAUCAUGAACUCGCUACUACCCUGUAUAAAUCCUUUCAUCUUCCAUGCUUCUCCUUUUUCAGCUGUCACAAAACUGGCCAAUGAUCCCUUCAUCCCAGUGGAGGGAACAGAAAUGGCACUUAAUUGGCACUUAAGGUUGACAGACAUCUGCUGGGAGCCAAGGAUGUUGUGUUAAAGAUAGGGGUUUAUAGCUUAUACAGAACUGAACUAGAAACAUAAAGAAAAUUAAGAAACAAAUAGGUUCAGGAAUCAACCACUACUAGGACCUUUAUGCCUGAGGAGAAAGGGAGUCAACUGUACCUGAAGUCAGCCUCUAGUUCUGUGGUGGCAAGGUUGAUCAUGGCACAGAGACAGUCGAUGCUGGAACUGGAUAGAGCCCGCCCAAUGCACUUCUUAACAAUGUAGAAGACAUCAUCUACCAUGCUGGAUGUCAACUGACCCUUCUCAUAGGUAUCAAGAGCCACAGCCUACCCCAAAAACAAAACACUCAAAUUUCUCAUCAAGUUGCUCUGGACAAGCCGGAACUGCAAUACAC